CUGAUUGCGUGCCUCUGUGGGGAGAAGGAAGCAGAACAUGCUUCUCAAAGUGAUUUUUUUACUUUAGGAUAUACCCAAUGUGGACAAAGUAUUCAGACACCUUGACAUUUCAAGAAAAUUAUGGAAAUAAUAUUUAUAAAAGUAUGUUCUUCCACACCAACUCAUCCGUGCAUACCUUUCGGUAUCUUGCUCUGCACUCUGAUGUAAAAUAAUAUCUUAUCUCAAUAGGCUUUUUCCAUACAGUGUAGCUGUAAAGCAUGCAACUAAAUCCAAUACAAGUCCAAUAUGUAGUGCAAUUCCUGGCCUGCUCUGGUACCUCCUGCUCCUUCCCUGAGAUGCAGCUGUCGUCCUCACAAGCUGCCUUAUCUUCCCCCAAACACAGGCUGCUGUCAGACUUGCUGCUUCAGAUCAAGGACAUAAGGUUUUGCAAGACAGUUGGUGUUUUAGUAUUGUAAAUUAUACACAGACGGUCAUUGAUGUGAUGGGAAAUCAGCUUCAUUGAAAUCGAAAGGUAAUCAAGUGGUGAAGCAAUAAUAACAUGCUGCCUCAGGUCUUUAUGUUGUACUUUCAAAUUCACAUGAUAUUUAUUUUGUGUCUUCUCGAAGAAGGUGUCCAGAGUCUUGCCCUGUCAUUUGCGGACUGCGGAUCAUGGCCUGCAAGUAAAAUUAAACACAUGAAAACAUCACAAAAGAUGAAUAGAACCGCACUGAAAACAAAAAUAGAAACAUAAAAAGUGACAAACAGUUGCUAUAUUGAAUGUUACAAAACUAACUUAUGUAGAACUUUUUAAUGAUUUACACUUAGUCCCUUGUUUAUCACAGGAAAAUCCAACCAUCCUUUUGCAAAGUAGGAGUUCUUGUUUAUAAAGGAAAUAUUUUCAUAGUUAGAAUACAGAAAACCUGUUUACGACGUUCUAAAUAUUUUUUAAACAUCAUUAGAGCCCUCUAAAUUUGAAUUAACAUCCCUAUAGUGACCUUUGCACUCUUAUUACCUAAUAUUGUAAGCAAAAUAAGAGUAAAUAAACCAUUUAAGACAUAAGACUUAUGUUUGUGUGUGUUGCAAUAAACGUGUUCCCUGGAGGAGCUGAGUGGUGGGUGGAUGUCGGGGGUUGAGAGUUUAGUUUUGGCUUGUCGUGGGUUACAACUGCAACAGUAGCCCAAGUUUUUAUUUGGGAUUUUUAUUAGGGAUCGUUGUGUCUAUGGGUGAUAUAUUUCAAACCUGUGAGAAAAUGUCGAUCAAGUCACUGGCGAUCAAGUCUGGCAUUUGUGAGGCAAAGAACAUUACAGUAACAUUACUGACACCUGGUGACCAAUGUAGGAUAUUACAUAUCAUUUAUUGCAUCUCCUGAAAUAUGCCUAUAUUUUGACUGAUAAUAAGCUGUAUUCAACCAAGAAACAGCACGAUUUAUGAAUUAAAAUAUGUUUGAAAAACCGUAAUAACUUUUAACCAUGAAGUGGUGAAGGAUAACUGUAUUCUUAAUACAUAUUACUACCAGAAUAGGUUUUUUUCGCCCAUAAAAUGUCAGAAUAUGUGUCAUUUUAUAUUUGUGGAUAUGUGAAAAGACACAUGAGGGUGGUGCCAAACAACUUCUGAGUCAGAGCUUUUCUUCCAGUCACUUCCAUACAGCAUUGACUUGUAGAGGUGGGAUCAUGACACCAGUGGAAACAAAACCACGCUAGUGACAAAGACAAAUGAAGAUAGGAUUCACUACAACACACAGCCUCCAAGCAAGGUUAGAUUAACAUCUGCUCAGGAGAAGCAUUGUUCUGCUUAAUCAUGCAAAACAAUCUGGGCCUCUGACAUCGUACAAAAUGUUGUCAUCACAUCAGGACCUCAGCACACAGUUGGCCAUUUGAACCGAGCACAUUCUUGGACGAGAGUGGGCGAUGUGGACAAGAACAGACAAAAGCGUUCUUCUCCUCAGCAGCAAGGGCUUUGUCACUGCAACUUUUGCAGUCGCCAUGAAAAUAAAAUAAAAUUGUUUCUUCUGCCAACUACAGCCACACUAAUGAGCAUAUAUAUUUUUUAAUUAUAGUUUAAAUUAAAAUAAGUACACGCCUAGCAGGAAGACAUGUCGAAAGGAAUAUUAAUUUGUGUGUAUAUAUAUAAUAUAUAUCAUAUAUAAUAUAUAUCAGAUGCCUACUUUUGUUUAAAUAAUUAUUGCACACUUUCUGUAAAUCCUAUAAACUAUACAUUCCCCUUCUCAUCUAUCACUGUUUUUGUCUGCUAUAUGAUAUAUUUAACUGAAAUGGCUGAUCAGCGGUGCCCAAACAUUUUCAUACUACUGCACAUACAAAUACACAUACAUUCAAAAGCUAGUACCCCCAUUGCAGUACUUAACCAUGACAGGCAGCACCUUUAACUCACAAUAAUUUGAGAGUUUUCCAAGCAGAGUCGUUUGAUGUUCAAAAGCAAAGCCCAACUUCUUCUCAUCAGUUAAAUGUCAAAUACAGCAAGGACGCUCGCCUGAAUCCAAGCCUCAAGGUUACACAUGUAUUGUUUACCUUUUCCCACUUGUGUUGUGGCUUUUGCGUUGCCCUGACCUGGCGUAUAACCAGCUUCGACAGCCUAUAAAGAGGAAGCUCUGCUGAUGCUGCUGCAGCUUUCAUUCAUUGCGUUUUUUCAGGUGUGUCUAAUAGACUUUACCUUCUUAUGGAGCUGAUCUCUGCUUGUGAACAGGCCAUGUCUCCGCUAGACUUGGAUGCAAUAGUGACAGAACUGGCCCCCACUUCCCAGAAUGACACGGUGGGGGCAACAACUGGCAUUUCUGUGGCAACCAGAACUCUGCUUUUACUCGUCUGUCUGCUCCUGGUGGCCUGGAGCCACACGGAGAAACAACAAAUACCAGGUCCAUCUUUCUGUAUGGGACUGGGACCUCUUCUGUCAUAUGUGAGGUUCAUCUGGAGCGGUAUAGGCACAGCCAGCAAUUACUACAACAACAAGUAUGGCGACAUAGUCCGAGUUUGGAUCAAUGGAGAAGAGACGCUCAUUCUCAGCAGGGCAUCGGCAGUGCACCACAUUCUAAAGCAUGGACACUACACCUCACGUUUCGGAAGCAAGUUAGGGCUCAGCUGCAUCGGGAUGAACGAGAGAGGCAUUAUCUUUAACAACAAUGUCACUCUGUGGAAAAAGAUACGCACCUAUUUCACCAAAGCCCUGACAGGUCCAGGUCUGGAGCAGACCUUGGAUGUUUGCAUUUCAUCUGCACAAAACCAUCUGGACUACCUGGGGGACACUAACAUGGAGACGGGGGCAGGCGAUGGACUGGCACAUGUGGACGUCCUCAGUCUGCUGCGCUGCACUGUGGUUGACAUCUCCAAUAGACUCUUCUUGGGUGUACCGGUAAAUGAGAAGGAGCUGCUGCAGAAGAUUUUAAAGUAUUUUGACACAUGGCAGACCGUCCUGAUCAAACCAGACUUCUACUUUAAGUUGAGUUGGAUCCAUCAGAGACACAAAGCAGCAGCUCAGGAGCUCCAAGAUGUCAUUGGGUGCCUUGUUGAGAAAAAAAGGAGAGAAAUGGAGCAGGCAGAUAAACUGGACAAAAUCAAUUUCACGGCAGAGCUCAUAUUUGCACAGAACCGUGGCGAGAUAUCUGCUGAGAACGUGAGGCAGUGUGUGUUGGAGAUGGUGAUUGCAGCACCGGACACUCUGUCUGUCAGCCUGUUCUUCAUGCUGCUGCUCCUCAAACAGAAUCCCGAUGUGGAGCUGCAGCUUCUUCAGGAGAUUGACACUGUCGUGGGUGACAGAACCCUGCAGAGGGUUGACCUGCACAAGCUACAAGUGCUGGAGAGCUUCAUUAAUGAAUGUUUGCGUUAUCACCCGGUGGUGGACUUCACCAUGCGUCGGGCACUGUCUGAUGACAUCAUUGAUGGUUACAGGGUCCCAAAGGGCACAAAUAUCAUCCUGAACACCGGCCGAAUGCAUCGCACUGAGUUCUUCCUCAAACCCGAUGAAUUCAGUCUAAAGAACUUUGAAAAGAACGCUCCUCGACGUUAUUUCCAGCCGUUUGGAUCAGGCCCUCGAGCCUGCGUUGGCAAACACAUUGCUUUGGUGAUGAUGAAAUCAAUCCUGGUGACGCUGCUCUCGCAGUAUUCCGUGUGCCCCCACGAGGGCUUGACCCUGGACUGCCUCCCACAGACCAACAACCUCUCCCAGCAGCCAGCGGCGCACCAGCAGGAGAGCGACUAUCUCUCCAUGACAUUCUUACCCAGGAAGAGGGGACACUGGAACACUCUUUAAGAAGACACUUUUUUACUUCUAUUAUGUUUCUGUUCCCUAACAUUUAUUUAGUGACUGCAUACAUUUCAUUACACUCUGCCUUGUGAAUUUGGAAGUAAAUGCAUUUAAAAUAGUUUUGACAAUAUUUGUCAAUAUUGUCAAAUUAUUGCAUACAUCUUACUGGUGCUUUGUGAGGACUUUGUGGAAAAUAUGACAAGAAUAAUGGCAAUAAUAAUGUUGUGUUUCGUACACGAUUAACAAUUAGAUUUGUUUACAUAUGCACAAUUCAACAUCUCCAAAAAAAAAGUAGGAUGAAUUAUUUAAUUAUCGCUUUUCCAUCGCUUAGCAAUUACUGAUCAUUUCUUCACUGCUUGUUUUUUAAUUAUUACUAUUUCCGAAAAAGGUGAACAAAUAUAUGUGAAAUGAGAGUGGGUAAAUUCAACCAGUGAUGAAAGAAAGGGGAAAAAGUUGAAAUAUUUCAAUAAAUCGAUUCCGCGUUCAGGCAUCUAUGUGUGGAGUUUGCAUGUUCUCCCCGUGCAUACAUGGGUUUUCUCCGGGUACUCCGGUUUCCUCCCACAUUCCAAAAACAUGCUAGGUUAAUUGGCGACUCCAAAUUGUCCAUAGGUAUGAAUGUGAGUGUGAAUGGUUGUUUGUCUAUAUGUGCCCUGUGAUUGGCUGGCGACCAGUCCAGGGUGUACCCCGCCCCUCUCGCCCGAAGACAGCUGGGAUAGGCUCCAGCAUGCCCUCAAGGAUAAGCGGUUGAAAAUGGAUGGAUGGAUGAUCAUAAUAAACCACAAUGUAAUCCUGUUUCUUGCCCAGUCAGCUGGGAUAGGCUCCAUCAUUACCCAUGUGACACUAAUGAGGAUUAAGCGGCAUGACAAUGAAUGUAUUAAAAUAAGUAGUGUAAAAUACAUAAAUAAGUAGCAAAUGAUUUACUGUAAAUAAUACUUAUAUAAUUAUCAAUAUUAUCAAUGUUUGUGUAGUAAGCAGGCUUCUAUAGUAUUAAACAAUAUACAGUAUAUAUAGUGAGUGAGAAUUAAAGCAGAGUAACAGUUUUGUCAUAAUCUUGCAUUUACAUAUAGUGGUCAGAAGAGGGCGGUGUAACAUACAGUACACUUUUACCACCAGUACAGUACAGUAAUUACUUCAACUCACUAAUGGACUGUUGGUCCAUUAAAGCAGACACUAGACACUAUAGGUAUAUAUUAAAAUAUAAAGUGGAUUUUUUUUUAUUUUGUAAUUUUUCCCAGUCAGAUGUCACUCCAGCUAAUUUUAUGCCAGAUUUCCUUCCUGAUGAAAACAUGGCCGAGAAUCGUACCUGGCAGAAACGCAUAUUGGUCCAUCCUCAUGUCAACUCCACCAACACUUAGAACCAACAUGACUUCAAUCCUAUUGUAAGUCCGGCAAACAUGCUAUAUCUAUAGUGAUAUUUGUAUCCCCAAAUAGCUGCCUUUAUUAUACCAUUGUCAUCCUCCUUGUUUUGCUGUGUUUUUAUUUUGUUAUUUCAGCGGGCAAUUUGGGCUUCCUGUGUUUUAUAGUCUUGUGGUUCUUAAAGUUGCUUCCUUUUUCAGAUUUCCUGCAUUUGUUACUUGGCUUUCAAGUAUGCUUGUGAUGUCUUUUUUUCCCUCUGUUGACUUUGUUCUGAUCUUUGAACAACAUUAUAUACUCGGUGAUGUCUUGGUGGACUUUAUGAUGAACUAUGCUUUGUGAUGUUUGGCCAACCUGCCCUGACGACUAUUGUUUUACAGGACCUUUCGGAGAACAUAAAGUACCAGCUCGCUCUGACAGUCCUUGCGGUCUUUUCUCUUUUCUCUCUCCAUCUCCAGAUUUAAAUUUAGAGCAAGACAACUCAGACCACAUGGAUAUUUGACUCACUGUUAAGAGACCAUGCAGCCUUACUGAUGAGCGAGACCAAGCUGAUACUGGACGUAAAGGAUUUAGACACUUAUGUUAUGGAUAGUACAUUUAAGUCCACAACUUAACUGCAUUGGCAGACUAAU